CAACUCGGCCACGCUACCCCUUAAGCUCUUUACUUUCAGAUUUAGGGAAGAAGCAUAGCAUUCAAUUUAAGGAUUGAUCCUUUUACAUACGUUGAGGAGCUGCUGUGAUGACUGGACCAACAGUGAUUUUAUGUGGACGCCUCCUUACUAUUGUGGAUGAAGGAGUACAAAGCCAAGGAGGUGUUGCGUGCUAUUGAUGCCAGGGCUGACGCCAUGUCAACAGCAAAGCAUGGACGAGCUUAUCAUAAGACUCUAGAUGUCCAUAUUCAAGACCUGGACUCUGUUCUACCAAAUAACCGGCCCACCAUUGAGCGUGAGGUUCACACGCUCAUUAAUUUCGAGCGACAACUACGGUUAAUCGAUAAAGUCAAGAAAGUUUUAUAUUACAAGUCACCAGAUCUCGAGGAGUAUCGUCCACUGGGCUAUUUAUGCUACUUGGAACGUCAAUUGCGAAGCAUUCGUCGGAAUUUGAGCAAUCGUUGCUCCAGUGGGCGAAAGCCCUUGAACUUGAUGAAGUUUGUAUCUAUAGGAAUCGUAUCGCAGAGCUACAGAGCCUUGGUUUCCCUCUCAUCACCGGAUACCCGUUGCUUCUCGAACCGAUUAUGGACAUUUGGCCUUAAUAUUAAUAGGCUGUGUAUCUAUUGCAUAUCAUUCCUCUGUAUUCGUAAAGUAAGAAGUAUAUGAUGGGUAAACGAUAAUAUAAUGUUGAAAGUAAAAACAACGAAAGCCAAAACCGACAGACAGCAAUAGUAGGGCAAGAUAUAACAAUAAGAUGCAGGUGAAUAGAAUUGUUGAAGUGAUGUGGAGAUGUUACGAUUCACUCGCUG